UCGCUAUUCUCUUUCAAACCUAUAUAUAUGCACCUUUCCCUGCUCAACAUUUUCAAAUUGCAAGCUUUGAAUCCUUGUUAUUAUUACCACCAUUUAUUUGUUUCAAAUGGCAUCGCGAAAUGGGGUUGUCUUUGAAGAUUUCUUUCCAGCCAUGUUGGAGAAGUUGGGUGCCGAUGGAUUUAUGAAAGAGCUGUGUAAUGGGUUUCGUUUGUUGAUGGAUGGGGAGGAAGGUGUGAUCACUUUCGAGAGCUUGAAGAGGAAUGCCAACCAGCUUGGGUUGCAAGAUAUGAGCGAUGAUGAAGUAAUGUGUAUGUUGAGAGAAGGUGAUUUGGACGGAGAUGGAGUUUUGAAUGAGAUGGAGUUUUGUACUCUUAUGUUCAGGUUGAGUCCUGGUUUGAUGAGGAGUUCAAGAAAAUGGCUUGUAGAAGCUCUUGUUAGUGAAAUGUAGGCUUUUACAUUAUUAAUGUUUCUUGUUUUUGGGGCAAUCUUUUCUUUCUUUUUCCCCACUCAAUCUAUUUAUAAUUUCCAGUUUAUUAGAAAUGAUCAGAUGUUAAUUCCAUGUUUA